AUGAUUAAUGCAAUGGGAAAAUCGAAGACCAGCGGUCGAGCGACCGAUGAAGUGCUGUUACACGGAUGCCUCCUCGCGACCAAUAUGUUAAUUUCAGAAGAUGCGGAACAAAUUUACAUCGUCGAUUGGUCAAAUGCUCAUGCUGGAUCGCUUGGAGAAGAUUUGACAGAAUUAAUAUGCUGGAAUUUGUCGCCAAAUCUUCGACAUGACAGUUUGGAUGAGCUUUUAGAGCAUUACCGCUAUCAUUUCUUGAAGUAUUGCCCAGAACGAAGGCCUCAGGAUAAGAAACUGAAGACUUAUGAAAAAUAUCUCUAA